AUGAUUUUACUUCGUCAAGUCGUUACUGUUUUUGCUUUUGUUGCUUGUGCAGCGGCUCUGGAGUGCUAUACAGGAGAAUCGGAGGAUAAAGAGAAACCAAACAAUGUAACCACAGCAUGCGCGGAUUCCUUUUGCUACAGAGUUUAUGGGAAAUUGAGUCAUAUAUGGGAGGAUGAUGACCAAGACUUCAUCAAUAUGUAUGGCUGUGACUCUGGAGUAUGCAAGGAAGAAGGCUGCUCGGACGUAGAGGAAUUAACCCUAUGCUGCUGCAAUGAAGAUCUCUGCAAUUAUGACAUUGCCGGGUCAGAAAGACUUUCAGCGACAUUUUCAUUUCUAUCCAUUCUUACUGCAAAGCUCAUAACUUAG